UCCGACGCGGACGCAGGGGGCCCGGAGCAGCCCCCUGCCCCGGCGUGCAGCCAACAUGGGCAACGCCGGGAGCAUGGAUUCACAGCAGACCGAUUUCAGGGCGCACAGCGUGCCUUUGAAGCUACCGAUGCCCGAGCCAGGUGAACUGGAGGAGCGAUUUGCCAUCGUGCUGAAUGCUAUGAACCUACCCCCUGACAAAGCCAGGUUGCUGCGGCAGUAUGACAACGAGAAAAAGUGGGAACUGAUCUGUGAUCAGGAACGAUUCCAGGUGAAGAACCCUCCCCAUACUUAUAUUCAAAAGCUCAAAGGCUAUCUGGAUCCAGCAGUAACCAGGAAGAAAUUCAGACGGCGUGUUCAAGAAUCCACGCAAGUGCUAAGAGAACUGGAAAUUUCUUUAAGAACCAACCAUAUUGGAUGGGUCAGAGAGUUUCUGAAUGAAGAAAACAAAGGUCUCGAUGUUCUGGUAGAAUAUCUAUCAUUUGCACAGUAUGCAGUAACUUUUGACUUUGAAAGCGUGGAGAGCACUGUGGAGAGCUCAGUGGACAAAUCAAAGCCCUGGAGUCGGUCCAUUGAGGACCUGCACAGAGGAAGCAACCUGCCUUCCCCCGUGGGAAACAGUGUGUCCCGCUCGGGAAGACAUUCUGCCCUGCGAUACAAUACUUUGCCAAGCAGAAGAACCCUGAAAAAUUCAAGAUUAGUGAGUAAGAAAGAUGACGUGCAUGUCUGUAUCAUGUGUUUACGUGCCAUCAUGAAUUAUCAGUAUGGUUUCAACAUGGUCAUGUCUCACCCACAUGCUGUCAACGAGAUUGCACUAAGCUUGAACAACAAGAAUCCAAGAACAAAAGCCCUUGUCUUAGAGCUGUUGGCAGCCGUCUGUCUUGUCAGAGGCGGGCAUGAAAUCAUUUUAUCAGCAUUUGACAACUUUAAGGAGGUUUGUGGAGAAAAACAACGCUUUGAGAAGUUGAUGGAACAUUUCAGGAAUGAGGACAAUAACAUAGAUUUUAUGGUGGCCUCUAUGCAGUUUAUUAAUAUUGUAGUCCACUCAGUAGAAGACAUGAAUUUCAGAGUUCACCUCCAAUAUGAAUUUACCAAAUUAGGCCUGGACGAAUACUUGGAUAAGCUGAAGCACACGGAGAGUGACAAACUGCAGGUACAGAUUCAGGCUUACCUGGACAACGUGUUUGAUGUGGGAGCUCUUCUGGAGGAUGCUGAAACCAAGAACGCAGCCUUGGAGAGGGUGGAGGAACUGGAAGAAAACAUCUCUCAUUUGUCAGAAAAACUGCAGGACACGGAGAAUGAAGCCAUGUCCAAGAUUGUGGAACUGGAAAAGCAGCUCAUGCAGAGGAACAAGGAGCUGGAUGUUGUUCGGGAAAUCUACAAAGAUGCGAAUACCCAGGUUCACACAUUAAGGAAAAUGGUCAAAGAGAAAGAAGAAGCCAUUCAAAGACAGUCUACCCUAGAAAAAAAGAUUCAUGAGCUGGAGAAACAAGGGACCAUUAAAAUUCAGAAGAAAGGGGAUGGGGACAUCGCCAUACUCCCUGUCGUGGCUUCUGGCACAUUGCCCACAGGGUCCGAAGCGGCAGUGGGUAAUUUCGUGGGACCAAUACUGGGGGCCACCUCCUCGGGACCCUUGCCUCCUCCUCCCCCACCACUACCUCUGUCGUCAGAUGCAUCUGAAGCGGUGCAAAAUGGUCCAGCAACACCACCUAUGCCACCCCCGCCUCUAGACCCGCCUGCUCCUCCCUUGCCACCCCCACCACCUCCCUCUGCACCCCCGCUGCCCGGAACGUCUUCACCCACAGUGGUUUUCAACUCAGGAUUAGCAGCUGUGAAAAUUAAGAAGCCAAUCAAGACGAAAUUCAGAAUGCCAGUUUUUAACUGGGUUGCCCUGAAGCCAAACCAGAUCAAUGGCACAGUCUUCAACGAAAUUGAUGACGAACGAAUUCUGGAGGUAUCUUUCUCAUUGGUUAGAAACAAGGGACCUUCUCUGUCCUUGAUGCAUAGUCAGGAGCCAGCUCCAGUGUGCAUGUUCACAUCUGUAGACAUCAGCCUGCUGCAGACAUCAGCUCAUUCACGAGCUGGACCAGAUGGGGAGGAGGUUCUCUCUAACACUGACAUGUCCACUUCUGUCUUCAGAUUUGACUUGAAGACCUUGCCUGUAGACUUUGUAGAGUGUUUGAUGAGGUUCUUGCCAACUGAGAAUGAGGUAAAAGUGCUUCGGCUCUAUGAGCGGGAACGGAAGCCCCUGGAAAAUCUGUCAGAUGAAGACCGAUUCAUGAUGCAGUUCAGUAAAAUUGAGAGGCUCAUGCAGAAGAUGACCAUCAUGGCCUUCAUUGGGAACUUUGCUGAAAGCAUUCAAAUGCUGACUCCUCAACUGCACUCAAUUAUAGCAGCAUCUGUCUCUAUAAAGUCGUCCCAAAAACUCAAGAAAAUCCUGGAGAUCAUCUUGGCCCUUGGAAACUAUAUGAAUAGCAGUAAACGAGGAGCAGUUUAUGGAUUUAAACUUCAGAGUUUAGAUCUGCUCUUAGAUACGAAGUCAACGGACCGAAAGCAAACGCUUUUGCACUAUAUAUCCAAUGUCGUAAAAGAAAAAUAUCAACAAGUGUCCCUCUUUUAUAAUGAGCUUCAUUAUGUGGAGAAAGCUGCUGCAGUGUCCCUUGAGAAUGUUUUACUGGACGUCAAGGAGCUGCAGAGAGGCAUGGACUUGACCAAGAGGGAAUACGCCAUGCAUGACCACAACACACUGCUGAAGGAGUUCAUCUUCAGCAACGAGGGGAAGCUGAAGAAGCUGCAGGACGACGCCAAGAUCGCCCAGGAUGCCUUUGAUGACGUGGUGAAGUACUUUGGAGAAAACCCCAAGACGACACCCCCAUCUGUCUUCUUCCCCGUCUUUGUCCGGUUUGUGAAAGCCUAUAAGCAAGCAGAAGAGGAAAAUGAGCUAAGGAAGAAGCAGGAACAAGCGCUCAUGGAGAAACUCCUGGAGCAGGAAGCUCUGCUGGAGCAGCAGGACCCAAAGUCUCCUUCCCACAAAUCAAAGAGGCAGCAGCAAGAAUUAAUUGCCGAAUUAAGAAGGCGGCAAGUUAAAGAUAAUAGACAUGUAUACGAAGGAAAAGAUGGUGCCAUUGAAGAUAUUAUCACAGAUCUUAGAAACCAACCAUACAGACGAGCCGAUGCGGUGAGGAGAAGUGUUAGGCGGCGCUUUGAUGACCAGAACUUGCGUUCUGCUAAUGGUGCCGAAAUGAACAUGUGAACCAGAGACCUGCUUGUGUGAAUAGAGGGUGUGCGUGAAUGAAGAUGUCCCUAUGAACUUUCUGUGCUACCAUUUAACUGCAGCCUUGAACAUAGAUACAAUAUUCUAAGGGCUCAGAUUUAGCAAACACAUAGAAUUUUUAAAUGAUGGGCUCUGCUUUCAACCUUUGUUAACAAGUGCCUAAAAGUGGAAGUACCUGCUCAGAUUAAUCAAAGCAAUAGGAUUUGAUUUGAUUAGUAUCUUUUUACACCAGUAUGUUAUUUUUUAACCAAAAUAUAAAUUUCAUAUUACAUUCAUUACCUGCCAUCAUGAUUGUCUCAUGAUGGCCCACCCUGGUUUCCUGAUAAGUUGUAAAUAACAUGGAAUGCAUCUGCUGUGGGCUUCCUUUGCUGUCUUUUAAGAAGUUUGUUUUGGCCAUAGCUGUCAACUUUGUAUUUUUAAGGGCUUGCAGCAUGGAAGAAGGAGAAAGUCAUGUGAUACUCCUUUUGUCUAUACCCAAGCCCCAGCCAAGUACAAAUAGGACCUAACUGCAGUGGCACAGAAGUCAGUCCACUUGUUUCACAUUCUGCUUCUGUGCUGGGGCAUGAUGCCUCAUGUGAUAUUCAUUGGUAUGAAUGAGACCAUCCAGUGGCGUACAGAUGUUGUACAAGACUUAUUUGCAGUACUGUGUUCUUCAGCUAGAGAAAGCUUUUAAAAAUACAAAUGUUUAUUAAUUACCACUAAAAUUAACAUCUCAGUAAUCAGUAUUAGGAUUCCUGAGGACCAUUAUGGGUCAAUCCUGAGAAUAGAAAUCAGUGCCUUGCUAGCCAGGGAGAAGUUCACUAGCUCUAUGAACAAGCAUUCAAGAUUACUUCUAGCAGAGUAGUGUUAGUAACCUGGCUUUAUCACUCUGACAAUCGCAGGGUUCCCUCCUCCUCCUUUUUGUAGAUUGGAUUAGAUAUAUUUGGCAUCAUACAUCAGAGCUAAGCAAUUCUUGUACUUUACAGACUACCUUGUGGGGAAUUGCAAUUAAAUUGCUGAAUUACAUUGGUGUUAAGCUGAAAUGCUAUGUAAUGGGACUAAAUGGCCAACAAAGCCACUGUUGUUGUUCCUUCAUCUCUGGCAGGGCACUUGAUCCAAAGUCAAAAACUGGACUGAAGCUAAUUUGUAAUUUUCAUCACAACACAUUUUGCUUCUGGCUUACCUUAUUGGUACAUUACAUCAAUAUAUUAAUUGUAAAGUUUAUUGUAUAGUAUUUAACCACUGAAUUUCUUAUUUUAUGUUGUGCUCAUGUGAACUCCUUGGUGAAGGUCCCAUUUCCCUUGGAUAAUGUGUAGUUAUAUAUCUUUUUAAAUGUACAGAUAUUUUGCUAUAAAAUCGGUGCAGUUUUUUAUGGUUUUUACACUUCUCUUUAAUUCCCACCUAAGCCUCUGGGUAAUAUUGUAAAUAUUGUUUAAAAAUGCAUCAGCCUAUGCUAUACAAUCUGAAUGUUAUUUUAACUUAUAGGUUUUUUUUUUUUAAAUAUAUAUAUUUAACUUCAAGGACAGUUUAGGGAUCAGUUACCACAUUUCACUUUAGCGUAUCUAUUUACAAAAAGAUUACUUUAAACUGCCACCUGCUAGCACAUUUUCAUAAUGUGUACUUUAAAAAAGAACAUGCCAAGAUUGUGUCUGACUCAUUCAACAUUUCAUUUUGAUGAAAAGAGGGAUUUGACCAUGAGAUUUAACACAAAUAGUUGGUCCUUUACCACAAAGCAGCUGUUUUCCAAAGCUCAAUACUGAUGAACAUAGGUUAAAAUGGGCUAUUUAUUAAUAUACAAAUAGACAAUAAUAUUGGCAUGUCCUUUUGUCUGUCUCUUAAUGGGCCUGCUUCUUAGCAAUAUUAGAAAUGUUUUAUAAAAGCAGUUCAUGUUACUUUCCUGGUCUUUUCAUGGCAUAUGAGCAAAUAAACUAUUUACACUACUA